AUGAAAAUUCUCUCAUUAAAUUCAUAUUCUAUUCCUAAUAAUGCAGGGGAGCUGGUGUGCGAGGAGUUGCCGGUGGAAGUGUGCUCCUUCUCGAUCGCGUCUUCUGGAAAGCGGUGCGUGUUAGAGACUUGGGAGUCAAGUUUGCCCGGGAUAUACCAAUGCAAGACUUCAGAGGUGGCUGUAGCAAUCGGCAUGCAGGGAUAUAUAGAGAACGACGACUGUGUGAGUGCGUGUGGGGUUGACAGGAACACCGUCGGAAUCUCGUCGGACUCUCUUAUGGAGACUCAGUUCACGUUUAAUCUCUGCUCACCACAGUGUUACGACAACUGCCCAAACAUCGUUGAUCUUUACUACAAUUUGGCUCUCGCCGAAGGAGUAGUUCUGGGUGAGUUGUGCAAGUCACAGAGAACAACGAGCUCUCGUCGUUCGGCGAUUCAGCUGCAAAGCUCAAGUGCAGCGGCUGAAAGUCCGAUCCCAAGUGUAACACUUUCGGCAUCUACUGAUUGUGCUCCACCACCUAUGUGAUCUAUCUAUCGAUCAACUGCUUUUGUCAUUCAUAAAAGAGGAUUAAUUAAUCCGCUAUCUUAUUUGUUUUUAUAGUUUCUUGUUUCUAAUUUUAAUAUAUUUCUUCCUUGGCUACGAGAGAAUGACUUAAAGACUAAGGUGAUCGAUGUUUGCAAAUGUUUAUUUAAAAGCAGAAGUUAGUGAUUGUGAGUUAUGUUAAUUUUAAGUGAUUAUUUCUAAACGUUGGGGUCCGUGUUUGCAAAUAUUCUGGAAAAUGAACUUAAAUAGAAAAAAAUAGGUACAAGUAUGCUUUUAAAAAAGUAGUUUAAAUCAGCUUAUUUUAAGAGAAGUAAAAGCAAAAGUUAAUUUUACAAACACCUAAAA